AUGGCUUCAAUGAACAACAACUUUUCUGGUAAAUUCCCAAUCUUCGCAAACGGAGAAUCCCUAAAUGCACACCAAGGGAAACUAUCUGGAAGUUCAGACUUACGCCCGGAAUACCCUGCCGAUUUUGAUAAACAUGUUACUUACAAACACUCUGUCGCACAAGGUCAAUCCCCCCCAAGAUCGAGGCCGAAUCAACAAGAAAACAAUCCCGAUACAUCACUUUCGAACGAUCAUGCCACUAAUGCCCAGAAUUGGACUCCCGCUCAAUUACUGAAUCCUCGAAGCAUUAAUCAGACCUCGCACGCAUUGCCACCAAAUUCACCACCAAAUUCACCACCAAAAAUUGCACGACCAGCACCUUCUCCUCAGCCUAUCUUCCAGUUUAAUACCCCAGGUGGAUCAUAUACUCCUACACCUCCCUCGAACCCGAACGCGAACUCAAACUCGAAUGGUCAAAAUGGCUUUGCAUCAUAUGCAAAUACGAAUGGGCAGAUGCCGGGAAUGGGAAGUUUUGUGGAUCGCAUGCAUAAUGUCACAGAUCGCGACAUGGUGCCUCAAAAGCGCCGGAGAAUAGAAGAACUAACGGGAGAGGGCAGCAGAGCACAAUUUAAUGGAAGUUCUAGUGGGGGUGCCUACGGACAAUACGUGAAAGGCAAGAGAGUGCAAGGUCAGAAGGAGUCUUGUGCCAAACAAGUGCUUGACUUAUCUACAGUCGACGAUGAUGACGACGUGGUGGUUGUCGGGGACGAGCAGGAUAGGGAAGUUUGUUACGGACGCAUCGAAGGUUCUCAACUCAACGCUCAUCGAAUACCAACACCAAGACCUGGAGCCCAAGUGCUUAUCCCUGAAAAUUGGCCGCAGAUAAAGAUUGUGCUUAGAAGGAAGGAAGGCGAUAAGACGAACAAUAUCCACGCUCUCGAUUGUACUCGGGAAAUUAUUGGCUGCGUCGAUGUGAACACUGCAAUUGGACUUACACCUCUUCUCGACUCCCCAACGAUUAGUGUCAGGACGGCUGCACGUAUACUUACAAGAAAAAGAACGGCCGAGGAUCAGUCAGCAGGCUCUCCAUGCUCUGUUCGUUUUAAUCUGGAUUUGAACAUUUACGGGAAGAAAAAGCACGCUCUUCAAAUUGGUCGGUUCUUGUCUCAGAAGCAACUAUGGCUACGGACACCACUAUCUGUCGAAGCUGGUAUCGAAUUAUAUAAUCCUCAUGCUAUAGAAAAGCCAUUCAGAAACCUACAGCCCGCUUCCAAUACAUACUCGUCCUACGCAUCGCGUUCUCAAGCCCCUGUUCGGACGACGGAGGAAAUCCGGAAUGAUGUUUUGGGAGUUUUCGACUCAUUGCCGAGAUCUGAGAACCUACCGGAGAUGGAACCAAAUUCUUUAAUCACAACGGAAUUACUCAAGCAUCAGAAACAAGGUCUUCAUUUCAUGACGAACAGGGAGAAGGAACGAAAUUACGAGAUGCAGGACAAGUGCGAUUUGUGGAAGCUUAGCCACGGAAAUAAUGGUCAGAAAAUAUAUUACAAUGUCAUCACUGGCGACCAGGAACGCAAAAGUCCACCACAAGUUCUUGGUGGCAUUCUUGCUGAUAUGAUGGGACUUGGCAAAACUCUUAGCAUUCUCUCCUUGGUAGUUACGACGCUUGAUGAUGCCAAAGAUUGGGCGGAGCGAAAACCAUCCCAAUCCGAUCAAAGAGAGCAGCCAGUCGCCAAAUCGGGCAAAGCAGUGUCACAACCCAAAGUCGAGCCCACAACUCUCGCUCUGAAUUGCAAAACUACCCUUCUAGUUGCCCCACUGAGUGUUAUAUCAAAUUGGGAAGAUCAGAUUAAGGCACAUGUCCAACCCGGUGCCCUGAAAUACUACAUCUAUCACGGCGCCAACCGCAUCAAGGAUGUCAAGAAAUUAUCAGAAUACGAUGUUGUCAUAACUACUUAUGGUUCUGUAGCCAGCGAAUGCAACAACAGGAACAAAAAGAAAGAUGGGAAGUAUCCUCUCGAAGAGAUGAAUUGGUUCCGAAUUGUACUUGAUGAAGCUCAUAUGAUUCGAGAACAAUCAACUUUGCAGUUCAAAGCCAUUUGUCGACUUUCAGCACAGCGUCGAUGGGCAUGCACGGGUACGCCAGUUCAGAAUCGACUCGAGGACUUGGGUGCCCUGAUGAAUUUUCUUCGCGUCAAACCCUUUGACGGAAGCGGAUUCGCGCAACAUAUUCUAUCUCCCUUCAAAAUUUGCGACCCUGAGAUCAUUCCCAAACUUCGGUUACUUGUUGAUAGCAUUACUCUUCGUCGACUGAAGGACAAAAUUGAUCUUCCCAAGCGUCAUGAUCAAAUUGCCAGGCUCGACUUCAGUGAUGAAGAGCGAAUGAUCUAUGACAUAUUUGAAAAAAAUGCGACAGAUAGGCUUAAAGUCAUCACUAGUCAGGGAGAGAGUGCUUUGGGUGGCAAGACCUUUCACCAUAUUCUUCAAUCAAUAUUGCGUCUUCGUCAAGUCUGUGCUCAUGGCAAGGACCUAUUGAGUGCUGAGGAUCUGAAGAUAAUGAACGGCCUUAGUAAGGACUCCGCUAUCGACCUCGAUAGCGAAGAAUAUGAAGAUCGUGAUGGAAUGACACCCAAGCAAGCGUAUGAUAUGUUCAAGUUGAUGAAGGAAACUGGUUCUGAUAGUUGCUUGAUGUGCAAUCGAAAGAUUGGUCCUCAGGAUGUUGUUGAUUCUGAUGGCGAUUCUAAAGAUGAGGUUAUUGGUUACAUGACACCUUGUUUCCAUAUUAUUUGUGGUUUUUGUAUUGGUACCUACAAAUUCCAAUUGGAGGAGAUGGCUUUUGGGGGUUCUUUGGUCGGAUGUCCUACCUGCCAUCAGCAAAUCUCUCCUUCUAUAUUUCCUCUCAAGCAAGAAGAAGUAGACAAGGAAGAGGAAUCACGACUGAAGACCAAGGAGUGCGCAAAAGCAGGCAAGGAUCUAUCAAAUUAUGGUGGGCCUCAUACUAAAACAAUAGCUUUACUUCAUGAUCUUCUGGAAUCCAGAAGGGAUUCAGAGGCAAACCCUGACGAACCACCGAUUAAAAGUGUUGUCUUCUCCGGUUGGACAACUCAUCUAGACCUCAUUCAAUUCGCCUUGCAGGAGAACAAUAUUUCUUACACUCGUCUCGAUGGCAAGAUGUCCCGCGUGGCCCGCUCAGUCGCCAUGGAGAAGUUUCGCGAAGAUCCAAUGAUCGUUGUUAUCCUAGUGUCAAUCGCUGCCGGUGGCCUUGGUCUCAAUCUCACCACAGCUAAUAAGGUCUAUGUCAUGGAACCUCAAUUCAACCCCGCAGCGGAAGCUCAAGCUAUUGAUCGUGUGCAUAGACUGGGUCAAAAGAGAGAAGUACAGACAGUACGGUUCAUUAUGAAUAACAGCUUCGAGGAAAAAAUGUUGCAAAUUCAAGACAAGAAACAAAAGUUGGCGAGCUUGAGCAUGGACUCUCAGAAGGGAAAGUUAGACAAGAAGGAGGCGUCAGUUAGGAGAUUGGAAGAGCUAAAGGAUUUGUUUAGGAAGUAG